AAUGCUGGUAGGUUCCAUUGUUCAUCGUUGCCCCGUGCCCAAAAUAUGGUCACGAAUAGAAGAAAAAUUUAAAAAUCGCAUUUUCCCAAUUUUCUUAUCAUCUAUACUUACUAGCUGAAACACAACCCUAAAUCUCAGAAACCGACUUCUCCUCCUUCUGAUGGCAUGUCAAAUUCAAGCUUCACGCAUUUUAACAUCAUCGUCAAUCAUCGAAAUCGAUAAAGGUCGAUCCUUUAUGAUCAAUGUCUUCCACACAAAGAUCACUCCCAUGAAAAGUCUUCAGAUUCGAAGAAGACCGAAUCAGAGAAUAACAGCGUUUGCGUUAGACACAGGAGGAGGCUCUUCAGUUCCUCCUCCUCCUGGUCCUGGAGAUAACGACGGAGGAGGAGACAGAACAGGUCUAGGUAGCACUAGAUUAGGCAGAAUCGCUGUUGCGUUAGGCAGACAGCUGCUUGUGAAGAUAAACUCUGCGAGACAAAACUUCCCCAUGAAGAUAUUUCUACUGCUUCUUGGUUUCUACACUGCUAAUGCAUUGGCCACCAUUCUUGGCCAAACCGGUGACUGGGACGUGCUCGUCGCGGGUAUAGUCGUCGCUGCCAUCGAAGGUAUCGGUAUGCUUAUGUAUAAGAAGAAGAAGCAACAGCCAUCUUCUUCUUCUUCUUCUUCUUCUGGGAAGUUGCAGUCUUUUGUUGUCUUUGUGAAUUUCUGGAAAGCUGGUGUUUGUUUGGGUCUCUUCGUUGAUGCUUUCAAGUUGGGUAGUUGAAACAUAAAUAGUCCUUUCUUUUCUUCUACUGUAUGAGUAUAGAUAGAGAGAGAGCCUUUGAUUAGAGUUUACACAAGUGUAUCAGUUCAGAACUAAAGUUUCAGUUCUGUCUGAGAAUGCAAGUCCUCAUGUCUUAUUCAUUAAACUCUUGCUUCUCUUUUA